AUGCCGGUAACUUUGACUUCACUUUUGACGCACGUCAAAGAUGAAGUCAAACGUGGUGGCUGCGCUAUACUUUUAGUGGUUUUUAAAGAUGAAGCUGAAUACGAAAUUUUCACUUUGACAACACUUUUGAAUGCUAUCAAAGGAGACAACAAAAAUGCAAUUAAUUUCGGACUUAUUUCUAAGGUUUGUUAUCAAGCGACGGCAAAAACAGCUUUUACGUUCUGACUGAGUAUAUCCGUGGGCAUUCGCUUGGGAUCUUCUUGAUUAGAACUAGGUAAUUUUAAAAACGCCUUGGAUCUACAGUAAUGUAAUUAUAAUUCGUGCAGCGCUCAUAUGAAAAUUUAAGUUUUCGUGCUUAAACUUAUUGAAGUUUUAAAGCCGAGCAUAUAAUUCACGAAACAAUAUAGAGUACCACAAAACAAGAAAAUUUAUAUUUUUUAAUAUAAGGAUGAAAAUAAUUAGAACUUAAUUGGAAGCGCAACAUUUCUGCUCAGUAAAUCACUUUUGUUUUUCAUACAGAAUGUGCUGAAGGUAAGAAGCGUUUCCAUUACCACUUUUUGACAAACCGGCUACUGGAUCAAAUAAAUUAAAUAAAUAUAAAUAAAUAAAUGAUAUAUAUUGAUGUUGACUAAAAUCCUGUAUCUGGGCAGCUAAAUUGAGCGACUUUAUGAAAAUGUAUGUGAUGAAAUGUAAAAAGAAAAAUGUGUCGUGCCAAUUUGGUCUAAAAUCAUACUUGUGAUUUCAAAUCAAACUAGCGCGGAUUUUGAAAUGACGAGUAUGAUGUCUGAAAAAUUACUUAGUUCACUUACCAUUAUAAUUAAAUUGAGGAAAUACGACGAAUGCCUUUAAUUUGAGUAGGUUACAUAAUGUAUAUGUUUUACUUGAAUUUCUAGAAGCUUGGCUUAAAUCAACGUCAGGUUACUUUCCUUAUCUGCUUUAAACUCGCUAUCAUAAAGUGUAAGUCACAAUGCGAUUUUAGGUGGCAAACAAGAUUGUAGAUGUUCAAGUGAUGAAUAGCACCAUUCUGACUUUUUUUUUUAAGUGAAGUUGAUUCAAUCUUAAACGAAAUUGCAAGCACAGUACUAUACAUCUUACGCAACAGCAAAAAGAAAAUGUACGUUUAUUUUUUAAACUUUGUGGCAAAAAAAUGUUGUCGAACAAAUAGAUCACACCUAUUCCUCGACCUGUAUUAAGCCAAAAUCGCAGAACGCACCCCUACACGAGUGACACUGGCACUAGUGAUUUUCCCCACGAGCAGUGUGAUUUACAAACCAAGUACGCGACUGAAAAGCCAAGGGAAAGACUGAGAAAAGUAAUGCCAUAAAGAAACCUCUGCUUACAGGGUAUAGUGUCUAAUUUUGGUUUGUGCUAUUGCUGUGUUUAAGGAUGCGGCAGAACCUAAAUGCAAGUAAAAGCGCAUGCACACGGUAGGGCAAAAACAUGAACUCGUGUAUGCAUUCACGCUAUUUUACAGUGAGGUAAGCACCCUUGUGCUCGCGCUGUCGUUGCUAGUGCAACGUUAGCCUACGCACAGUCGCCUACUAUAAAAACAAAAAGGUAUAUUUGCACUCAGAGGCUACAUUACUUUUCAACCACUUAUCAAAUCGUGAAUUUGUGACCCUGUUAUUACACUUUAUUACUCUCUACUCUUUUAUGGAACGACGUACUACGCUGACCUUAAAACACUUUUUAUUAAAGCAAAACAGAUUUACGUGACAGCUAAAUGGCUAAAAUAUAAAGAGACUUCCAACAAAGUUAAAGGCAAUUAUUUCUUUAUUAGCCAAGUAAGGAAAACGUUACUAAUGAAAACACCAAAAAUUAUUAAAGACGGUCAAUUUUCAAAACGAAUUAAUACUCAAGUCAAAAGAUAAAUUUUGUUGAAGUUUAUAUAUAUUUUAAACUGGAAAGGGCGUGGCCCUCAAGUGUCGUAGCUGUCCAGAACUUGCGGAGUAAUAAUUCGCAAUAUUGAUCUGCACAGGAAGUUCCUCAAAUGGAUCUGCAAGUUCAAAAUCCCUGUUAAAUAUAAAACUAUCCUCGCAUGCCCUCAAACAGAAAAGGCAUAAAAUCAAAGACAACAAACAACUGAAUUUUUUUAGCUAAUAUUAAUAUCGAUGAAUAGCAUUCAUCCGCAAAUAAUAAUAAUGGUCGAAGAAUGUUUUUUUUGCUUUUUCUCGUCUGCCUGGGACAAGUAGUGUGUUAAAAGUCCCAUAGAUGGACGAAUUAGUCCCAAAAGGGCGCAAUGACAAAAUAUGCAAAUUUCAAUGCAAUAAUAAAUACCGAGAAUACGAAAUGCUAUGUUGUAUUCAAAUUGAAGUACAAUGCAAUUGGCCUUUUGCAUUAGUUGAUCACGUGAUGAUUUUUCGAUGAACGCGAAAACAGUUCGCAUUUGAAACCUUUUGUUAGCAGGAACUGAAAGAGCAUAUUGAAAUUUGGUGACCUGUACAUUUUCAGCCGUAUAUCUCAAAAGUAGCGAUUGCAACACCCUUGAAUGGUUUUCCAUAUCAAUCAUUGUAAAUUUCGAAAUUUUCAAACUGUCGUGAAAUAUUUCUUUAAGCAUUACGGGGCUCAAAUCCCCUUUUAGUUCAUAACAGGCACUUUGAGCCCUUAAAUCCGAAGGGGAAAUAUUUAACGACAGUUUAAAAAUUUCAGAAUUAUUAAGGAGUUGUAUCAAAAACCACUCAAGUGUGACUGGGCAGCAAGAGUUGUUUUUUCUCAUACAAAUCCUUCUAAUUUUCUGCGGCCGUUGCAAUUGCUACUUUUGAGAUAUCAGCUGAAAAAUGUACAGGUUACCUAAUUUUAAUAUGCUCUUUCAGCUCGCGCUAACAAAAUUGUACAAACGCGAACUGUUUUUGUCUUAACUGAAAGUUGAUCACGUGAUGAACUAAUGCAAAAAGGCCUAUUAGAAAACUUGUAUCGAUGAAUCACUACAUCAGAAAAAAGCGCGAACUGUUUCUCUCUCUCUCUUGUAGCCCAUCUUGGGAAAUGCAGUGCCAUAUUAAGUUCCCCAAUGCCACCACCUCAGCGUCAAGACGUUGUGAAAUGUGUGUUAAAGUAA